AUGCUUGGACGUGCAUCAACCUUGGUCAGGAGUACUCUUAGCAACUCCAUCCGCUAUGGGUCACAUGGUGGAAUUCCUGGAGAGAAUCUACCCUUCCAGCUCCACAAUAGGUAUCGCCUGACUGCGUGGUUCUGCGUUUUCUUCGGUUCCGGGCUGGCUCUGCCUUUUGUUGUGGUGCGACACCAGCUGCUGAAGAAGUAGAUUCUCCCUGAAGAUUUGUUUGUUCAUAGUCCAGGCUAAUUCAAUGUAAUUAAAUGAAAGAGUAUCCCCAAAA